CGGUGUGUUUUAUGUAACAGCUCUAGCAGUGUUUUAUUCUUUGUCUUCAUAUGAGGAUUUACUAAGAAAGCAGGAAAGUAAAAUGCUGUUAGUCAGCUUCUUUUUCAAUGUUCUGUGACAGGUCCUUUCAUUGGCUUGUUCAUUAACACCUGUGGCUGCCGCCGGACAGCAAUAAUAGGAGGGCUCGUGAACUCGCUGGGCUGGGUGCUAAGUGCCUACGCUGCAAAUGUGCAUUAUCUCUUUAUUACCUUCGGAGUGACAGCUGGCUUUGGGAGCGGGAUGGCCUACCUCCCGGCCGUGGUCAUGGUGGGAAGGUACUUUCAGAAGAGACGUGCCCUUGCCCAGGGCCUCAGCACCACCGGGACGGGCUUUGGCACCUUCCUCAUGACCUUCUUGCUGAAGUACCUGUGCGCUGAGUACGGGUGGCGGAACGCAAUGUUUAUCCAAGGCGCCGUCUCCUUAAACCUGUGUGUCUGUGGCGCGCUCAUGAGGCCCCUCUCUCCUGGGAAGGAGGGAACAGACCCAGUGGGGACAGAUCCGCAAGUCCUCCCGGCUCACUCCACCGAAUCCGUUAAGUCAAGUGGACAGCUGGGCAGGGCAGAAGAGGAGGGCAGUCCCGGGCACGAGGAGGCCCUCGAUGACCUUGCGGCCCAGUCGUGCCAAGAAAAGGCGGGGCCCCGGAAGAAUCUGUGUGCCUUUCGGGCUCUGAAGACCGUGAGCCAGCUGACCGUGAGGGUCAGGAAGGGCUUCCAGGACUGGUACUCGGGCUAUUUUGGGGCAGCCUCACUCUUUACCAAUCGAAUGUUUGUAGCCUUUAUUUUCUGGGCCUUGUUUGCAUACAGCAGCUUUGUCAUCCCUUUCAUUCACCUCCCAGAAAUAGUCGAUUUGUAUAAUUUAUCGGAGCAGAACGAUGUUUUCCCUCUGACAUCAAUUAUAGCAAUAGUUCACAUCUUUGGCAAGGUGAUCCUGGGUGCGGUGGCCGACUUACCUUGCAUCAGCGUUUGGAACGUCUUCCUGAUGGCCAACUUCACCCUCGUCCUCAGCAUUUUCAUUCUGCCACUGAUGCACACGUACGCCGGCCUGGCGGUCAUCUGCGCGCUGAUAGGCUUUUCCAGUGGCUAUUUCUCCCUCAUGCCGGUAGUGACUGAAGACUUGGUGGGGACUGAACACCUGGCCAAUGCCUACGGCAUCAUCAUCUGUGCUAACGGCAUCUCCGCGCUGCUGGGACCACCAUUUGCAGGGUGGAUCUACGACAUCACACAAAAAUAUGAUUUUUCCUUCUAUAUAUGUGGUUUACUUUACCUGGUAGGAUUACUCUUUUUACUCAUUCAACCGUGUAUUCAAAUUAUACAACGAUCGAGAAAAAAAAGCGUGGGUGGUACACGUGUUUAGUGUCAUGUUGUGUUUCAUGUAGGAUUUCUUUGUGGUACUCAUGCCUACCUCCCAUGGUUGCUGUGAGGAGCCUAUGACAUAUCGUGGGAAAGCGAUUUGUAUGGUAACUGUCACUGUCAUUUGUAAAUGCCAUUGUCAUUGCUUUAUUUAAAAGCAGCGCUGCCUUUCCAUUUGGGGAGAAGCAAUGCUGGACGGUAUUAAAAACUACAUACAUUUUAGAGAUGACAAUGUCCUUCAAAGACAGCCUAUUAAGUAAUUGGUAGAAAUGCCCUUGUAAAAACUAUUCUCUCUCGCCGUCUGCUGGGACUAGGAUUUCAGAUACAGCUUUUAAAACAAAGACAAGGAAUGAAAGCUUUUCAAUCCAACUACUACUUCUUUGUAAGAUGAAAAUAAAGUGCUUCUAGAAAACUCACAGUUAAAUGGGUUUUAAGCACAAGAGUAUGAUUAGAUUUCAGAAAUUAAUUGUUACAGGGAGCUAUUGCUCUCCCGGUAUAAAAUAAAUGCUGGCUCCAAUUUCAAAGGUAAUGCAUUUAAUACAAUUAAAGAAAAAAAUUAUAUUUUUAUAAAAGAAUUCUGCAGCUAGGGAGUAUAGUUUACCAAUCUUCCUCUAAGAAAAACUUCUGCUAUCAAUCCUAAUUCAACAGUACCCAGCUAUAAACUGAAUCUUAAGACAAAGCCUAAGUAAAUAAUUUCCUUAGCAAAAGUUGUAUUUGUACAUACAACUGUUGAAUCAAGGGCUAUGAUUCAAGCACUUUCAUUCCUAUCAUUGGCCUCUUCAUUUAUGAGCACAAUCUGGGGCCUAUAAAACUUUUUUCUGAGUUUCUCCUGUCCAGUUAAUAAAAGAGAACUAAUUGCAGCUUGACAUGUGAAGUUGGCAGUCAAACCAUCGGUAAAACAUGUUACUAAUCCAGAAUAGAAGGCUACAAGUUGUGAGGUUACAAACGCAGUGCCCUUCGUCUCGGUGUCUGUGCACCUGACAUUGGAGUAGUGGCAGCAAAUAGCCCUUUCCAGUGGCUGAGCUCUGCACAAUUGUAAAAAUAGUUCUCUUGAUCAAUUUCAUACAGAUGAUAACAGUGAUCCGUGACAUCAGAUAAUGCUCUUCCUUUCUCUAAAAUCUCUAUUUUUCUAAGCCAAACAGUUUUCAGACUGCAGAAUGUUCUUCCCAGAAUCAUUUUUCAAUUUCUGGCUGCCUUACUUGUUUACACAUACGUAUUUCAGAACUGUUUAAAUUUCUACUCACAAUUUGCUCUUCACACAUAAAAAUCCUUUAACAUCAUUGCCAGUGUUUUGGGUCAAAUUUACCUAAAGUGAGUAUUGACCAUUCUCAAUUAUCCUUGGUAACUAGAGGCAGGAACGGUACCAGUAAUUAGAAUCACAGAAUGUUACCCCAAGCCUAAUUCUAGCCGUUUCCAGUCUCUUACGCCACCAAACCCUUCAGAGCUGUUAACAAGUGAUUACAUGGACAAAACACUUUUUGUUUCAUCUCCAUUAUUUCCUGCUCUGAUAUCUAGGGGGAAGGGGUUGUGUAAUGAAAGGGAUCCUCAAAAUAACAAUAAUAAUAACAGGCAGCUAAUGGAACAGAGAAGCAAAAGCAUGACUAAUAUACACACUCAAUAGUACCUCCAAUGAUUCAAGAAUUGCCUGCAAAUUAUUAUAGAUAAUAAUUGCAUGUCAUGCUCCAUUUGGUUCAACACAAGGACCAAUUUGGUAUUGUUACAGCUUUGGCUGCUGUUCAAGAAUCCAUUUUUAUAAAGGUAAACUUAAAUGCCGAGGCAAUGCUGUAUCUCUAUCUAUAUAUUUACCAUAAAAUUCAGAUGAUUAGAUGGAAAAACAUGUUGUGUGUUUUUAAAACUGACUACAUGAUUUCAUUCCUUUCAUUUUCUGACAACUCCAAAUUAACAAGAGGCAGUAAGUAUUAAAUAUUUUGAAUGGUGCUAUAGCCAAUGCGUUUUGAUGUUCGCACUGCUGGUCAUGCAAUCAGAAAUAUCAACUUUUUAUCCAAUGAGCUGGCUUUGGUUAUGUCAAAGGUAAACCUACCCAUGUUCAGUCUGUACAGUUGUUUGUUGACUUACUGUAUUUAUGGAAGUGGUAAUUUCUACCAUGUCAGAAGUACCCAUUUUACAAAAAUAGAGUAAAGCCUGCUUGCAAUAUUCAUGUUGACACUAGAAUAAGAGAGAAUGCUAUAAAGAAUUACAGCAAAUAUAUUAAUAGUUCCUGUUUAAAAUGUUAUUAUUUACAGUUUAUUGAAGAUAUUAUAAAGGGUUAAUUGUAUAUUUAUGUUAGGUGCUUUGUAGUUUUCCCCUGACAUGUCCAAGUAAUUUUUAUUCACAUACAACUAAAUAAA